UCUCCACCAGCGCUUUAACCGCAUGUAAUUAUGCAGCUGGGACAUCUUUUCAGGUGACCAAAGAAUUUACCAGUUAAAUUCUUCAGCAAUUUUUCAGCCACCAAUCAUCGUUGGCGCGAAGCAAAGAUGGACCCAUGUACGAACGCCGAUCGAACAGCACAUUGAUUAUCAGGUAUUAAACCUUGAUUGGCCGUGAUUGUGGACUGUCCACUAUAUACUGGUAUAGAUACAGCCUCCCGUGGAGAAGUUUACCUGUACGAUAUGGACAAGGUUGGCAGUAGAAUGAAGGUUCUGUCUCUUGAAGAUUUGUGGACAGCCCAUUGGACACAGCCUAGAUCCAUGGACGGGGCAUCACGGCUACGCCAGCACGAUAAUUUCCAUAAACAACUCUCAGCUUUCCAUAAACUCACGGAGGCAGCCGAAAGGAAAUUUUCAAAGGACACUCUUUACCAAAUGCUACGAGUCCUCGUCAAGGGCAUUCAGCAACCGAAGGGGUCUACGAGAGCUCACACUGAAAAAGACGCCACAUACGAACACAUCGACUCCAUCCGGAAACUGCAAGACACCGUGUCCACAUUCCAGGGGAAGAAACGGCGAGGGAUUCAGAAAGAGGAGGCGACGCACGUCGUUAAAUAUUUCCACAAUUUCAUCAGAGAGGUUUCGCAUUUGUCCGAUUACAAAGAGUAUUUUGAUGAUAGAAUUUACAAAUGUCUGUACGAAUAUUUCUACGACCCGACUAAGGAUACCAUUUCCGGCUCAUACGACACGCUGGACGCAGGCGCCAGAGUUUCCAACAGUGUGAGAUUUCGCGAUAUCGGCGUGAGUGAUGACGCAGACAGUGGAAAUUACUCGGAUGAUCUUUCUUCAAGGCCAAGGAGACAAACUUUGCCCAAAUGUCAUGAGCAAAAGCCUCGGAACAAAUCGUCAGACUGUAGCACUUUAAAGCCCUUCAACGAACCGGAUUGCAGAGAAAAGUGGUCAUGGGCUGUGAAAGAACUACAUGCCACCAAUAAAAGGUGGGAAAAUUUAUUGUCUAAAGAGCAACUUGACCCUAAUGACUUCGAGGUGGACAGCGAACAUGAUGUUCUGCACUACCCUUGCCACGAACAGUUUGUUUUCAUCUUCAGACUUCUUCCAGACGUUUUCAUGAAAAGCUAUAAAUCGUUGGAGUUGGCCAAAAUUUGGUGGACACAGGCAAAUAAAUGCUUAAACCACUUCCCAGUAAGAAAUAGGGACAGCGUCGAUUUCGAGUACAAAUCCCAUUCCAUCCGGCACAAAAUUCGGCAGCUCGAAGCAUGCAUUCACAAAGGCCAGAAGAAUUUCGAGGAAUUUCAGGUUGUCUUGGCGACAACGACAUCUCGCGAGAAGCGCGCGGAAGAGCUUGCCCAAGAUUGUGAACACUUGGAGGAGUUAAAGAUAGAAGCGGAACGGAAGUACAAUCAAGCGUUAAACGAAAGGCGCGCACUUAUUCAAAAAUUCGAAUAUGCCAUCAAAGGAACUUCGAAAUAUUUUGAGCUUAAAAGUCAGUUAACAGCCCAUGACCGUCGCGUCUCCGAAACUUACAACGCAUUGAGAGUGCUAAGGUAUCAGUUCGAAAUAAUACAUGACGACUUCCUGGUAGAAGUCGAGGUUAGGCCAAAUUUCAUCCGAUUUACUGACCAUGUUAAGGAAAUGGUGUCUAGCCUAAAAGAAACUCUUAACUCCAUGAGAGCCGAGAAGAGACAAUGCGAAAAAGAACUGGCUUUGAUCAAGACAAACUGUGAAACAAUGCGAACGGUCAUGCGUAAGCAGGUAGGAAGUGAUAAAAUGAAGGCGCCACCUGGUGAACGAUCAAAACGAGUCACAUCACGUGCCGCUUUUAAAGAACGUGACAAUACGUAUGACGUCAUUGCAACGGCGUCUAAAAAGAGGCCGGUGAAGAUGGGGACUGUCCGUGAGAAGAAACAAGAAGUGGCGAGUCCUCUGUGGUCUGAAUCAGAGAGAUCCGAUGGAUUGGCAGAGGCUGAUGGGCACGACGCAGACACAGAGUGGGCUGGUGGGGAGAAAUAUACCUUUGCCAAGUAUACACGGCUUCUUCAUUUGGAAAGGAAAGGGAGGAGAGUUCAUCUACCGAAACAACCCAAAACCAAGUCGAAGCCAUCACGGAGUGUCAGUAAGCUGCCCCGACCCGUGCAGCCGUGAGAUCGGUUAAGCCCCGUCUGCAGGCUGCGAUUUUUCCGAUCAACUUGCAAGACUGAACACAAUGGAGACAUGCGAAACUAAUGUAAUUUUGGUCUAAAUAUGCAAAUCGUGUGAAACAGAAUUUGUCCUAGUUCAGUCGACUGUAGUCGCAUUGCAUUGGGCGAGUGGACAGGUCAAAUCACACCAAGUGAGAAUGUUGCCUAAACGAUGUUACCACAGCUUCGUGAGAGCUGAAAGCUCAGCAGGGUAUGAUGAAACACAUCUCAAAUAUAGCCUACUGAAGAGCCAGAUAUUCACAUGUUCAAGUAGUAACUUUCCUUCAGUGACUAAUUGGUUGGUAUGAAUAUGUGAUGUCCCCCAUACGCUUUCUCUUUGCAGCACGGCGUUACCAGUGCCAUUCUGUAUACAGCGCUUCAUCGCAUUGUAUGCCUAUAUAUAGCGCUGUCACAAAAUAGACCUGUAUACAGCGUUGUUUCACAACAUAGGCUUAUAUACAGCGCUUUAUCACAAUGUAGGCCUUUAUACAAACUUAAACUAAAUGUAGGCGGGCCAACCUACAUAAGUGUUCUUCCAAGUUCUCACUUAACCUUCACGUAAACCUUCCAGUUCCACUCCCGAUUAAGAGAACACUGAAUUUACCGACUGAAUUUGC